AUCAGACACACCUAAAUAUUUCAGAUAUAUAUUCUGUAGAUCGGACAUCAUUCAUCCAUUCCUUUGGAUAGAAAGAAGGUGGUAAGACUCCCUCAGAAUUAUUUGAAGACGGUAAAGUAUACAAUCUGCAUAUAAAACAAAAAACUACUCGACAGCUUUCUUUGAAGAGUGCAAACAUGAAGGGGGUUCUGUACUUGGCCAUCUUUAUCAGCAUAAUAAUUGGAACUCAUGGAAAACGCUACACUAAGUGCGAACUUCUCAAAAUUUUCAAGGAAACUGGGCUGGCUGGAUAUCAUGGAUAUAGCGCGGCUAAUUGGGUAUGCCUUGCCAAACACGAGAGUGAUUAUAGUACCACAGCCAUCAACAACAAUGGCCCUAGCCGGGACUAUGGAAUAUUUCAAAUCAACAGCAAAUGGUGGUGUAAUGAUGGGAAGACAUCAAGAAGUAAAAAUGCAUGCGGAAUCAGCUGUCAAAGUCUUUUGAAUGAUAACAUUCUUGAUGACAUAGAAUGCGCUAAGAGGAUUGUACGUGACCCCAAUGGCCUAGGAGCCUGGGUUGCCUGGAGAAACAAGUGCAAGGGGAGAAACUUGAGUCAAUAUACUGCAGGAUGCUAAAAUCAUCUGUAAAGUAUAACCGUGCAAGGAACCUGCUCACAAUAUACAAUUUUUUGUUUAGCUUAUGAAGUUUAACAUUGUCUAUUAAAGCUGAAUCUGCAAAAAAUAAU